AUGGACAAUCGAGCGUCGCCGACCCCGCCCACCGCUCGCCCCAAGAAUUCGUCGUCGUCCAUCACGUCGGCCACCACACCUUCACAUACCGCCACACCCUCACAGUCGGCCGCCAUGUCCUCGACUUCACGGGCUGGGCGCGGCGGCACUCCGACCGCCAGUCGCUCUGCCUCGAAGCUGGCCGACGCCGACCGGCCCACACGCGCCGCCAGCAAGGACAGCCUCAAGCAGAAGAUGCUGAUGAAGAAGGACGAGGCGCCCCAGCCGAGCAAAGCAGAAGAGCAACUCAAGGCCCUCAAGUCCGAGUUUGACGGCCUCCGCAACCACCUCACCUGCAAGAUCUGCGACCGCCUGCUCUACCAGCCCUUCACAAUAUCGUGCGGGCACACGUACUGCUACACAUGUCUCUGCACCUGGUUCGUCAGCAACAAGGCCCGCAAGACAUGUCCCGACUGCCGCAUCGUCGUCAAGGACCUGCCCGCCCCCGCCUAUGUGAUACGGGACAUGACAAGUCUCUUCAUAUCCCGUGCCGAGCUGCUCCCGCUAGGCGAGAGCCUCGAAGAACACAAAAAGUGGCAGAGCGACGAGGCCGACGCUGUGCAGCAGGACAAGGAUAAUGAGGACCCCCGCACUGGAGGUCUCUUCAAGGGCUGCUUCAGGCUCGCCCACCAUCAACGAGGCCCGUCGCUGCAAGUCGUCCGUGAUCAAGAAGACGGUGUUGACCGCUGUCCGGUCUGCACCUGGGAACUGGAAGAUGGUGGCUGCACUCAAUGUGGACUGGUGUUUGACGAGACGGGCGAAGUCUCAUGGGGCGACAGCUUCACAGGUUUCAGUGACAUGGACGAGAUGUCAGAGCACGACACAGACAUAGACGCCGAGAUGGACUUUGAGAAUGGUGAAUAUGACGACUACGACGACGGUAUGGGAGAUUGGGGUACAUACCCUCCUGACGACUCAGUAAUGAUGCGCCGUUUCCUGGAGGCCGGAAUACCACCUCACGCAGCCGCGUUUGCCCGACGCCGUCCAAUCACACAUAGCGAAGCUGGCAGUCGGCGCUCUUACACCCAAAGUAUAGUCUCAGACAUUUACGGUGAUGAGAUGGACACAGUCGAAGAGGAAGACGAAGAAGGACUAGAUGAAGAUUCUUCUAUGAACGACUUCAUCGACGAUAGUGGCGUCCAAGCAGCCAGCUCACCAAGCGACGCAUCAUCCACACCUGGUCCCAUGCCUCAACCUUCAGGUAGCAGAGCACAAACAAAUGCCAGAAGACGCCGCAUCGUCGAGUCUGAAACGUCGUCCAACCGCUCAAGCGUCGUUGAAGAGGAAGAAGACGAGGACGAAGAAGAUGCAGGGCCUAUUCGUAGGGGAGUGAGGAAUUCGGCUCAAACUCGUGCUCUACAUAGGGCAAAUGGUUCAAGAUCCUCUCAUGAUAGGGCUUCGUCAGUAGCCACUGACGUCUCAAAUGAGGAGGAGCUUGACGAAGACACUCAAGCCUUGCUGAGAGACGAGGGAUGGAUGCUGCAGCGGGAUGAAGACGAUGAAAUGGGGGAAGAAGAUGAAGAUGACAGUGAUGGAGGAAGAACGACCGUUGGGUGGGAACCGCUUGCGAACUCAAAUGACAGAAGCCGAAUGGGCGGUUCUCUAACACCUACUGCAGAUCGUCCUCGGCCUAGUGCCCCGAUCCGACCCCCUUCACGAACCGGCAAUACUCGUGUCUUGAAUGCCUCCCGUGGCUUGCGUCGAAGACCGUCUGUUCCUCCUAGCUCAGCAGCCCCUUAUGAGGAUGGUGAAGCAGACGACGAUGACUCGGACCAAGAUGGCGAUAUAGAGCUGGCCAUGAAUACCUUGCGAACACGCCGCUCACAAGCCCAUAUGCGAAGCGGAGCGGCCUUCUCAAAUCCCACUGCCCGCUUCGUCAAUCGUGGGGCUGCUCAAGUUGACGGGACAAAUGAGGCAGAUACUGAUGACAACUCGGACACUUCGCAAGGGCAUGCACGAGGAGCUCCUCGUGUACAGCGUCGGGAGUAUGAUCCGCGUAUUAGUUGGAUGUUUGCUGCGCAUCAACAAGCUCUCCAACAGCAUCAAAUGGCAGGUGCAUUGAUCGAUGUCGAGCCACGAGCCAUUACCCCACUUUCUCGUCCCCGUACGAGGAACAGGAACCGACCAAGCCCGGCACAGGCAUACUCUCCUUUCCUGCCCCCUACGCGUCUGAGGACACCGUUGAUGGACAACACUUCAAACCUUGCUAUGGACCCUCGCAUGCCAGUGUCGCCGCCUCGGAGAAGCGCCAUGUCUCCGGGAUUUCCAGCGAUGGCACAUAACGGUAAUAUGAGCCGGUUUGAUCGUGCUUCUUCUCUUAGCUCGAAUAACAAUGCUUCUACCAUGACUCCUGGUUCGUCCACUCCCACGUCUCAACAUUCUAUCGAUAGCAUAGCACAGACACAGGCUGCUGCGGCUAUGGAUAUGAUUGAUCGUCCGCAAAGCCGUGUCGGUGCUCGCCCCUCUUCAGCGAAUAGCCGGAGGAACUCUGGCAAUUUUGCUGGCGUCAAUUCCUUUCCUCACGCUGGUAUGGGAUUGCACGUUCAGGGUGCGGCUUUGCCACCCUUUGCCGCCCGAGGCAACCCUUGGGCUGCGUUCGUCCAAGCACGUGGCGUGCGGAACCGCAAUUCUCGCCAGCUUCUCCGAAAUGAGUCUUCUGUCGCCACUUUGCGACCUGUGAAUUCUCGUGUCAACGUUCGAGAAACCGGAGGGCAGCAACCAAGUGCGAGACCUCAGCCAUCUCGUCUCAACCUCCGGCCUCAGCCUUCAAGACGUCAGAUCAACGCUCAAGCCUCAACGCGUACUCUGCGUGCGAGUGAGCAUGGUCGACCGCCUCCAUCACCAACCCAAAAUGUACAAUCACCUGGCCAGCCUGCUGCUCGCCCAGCCCAAUUGUCGCAGGAUGAACGCAACAUGCGAGCUCGAGAACUCAUUGAGACAAGACGACAGGCACUCGGACAGCGUGAAAACAGCGUCCCUGCACGUACCAAUCCAUUCACGCAAGGCUUCCAGCGUCCAGCCAAUCCUGCUGGUUCGCCUCAGAUGCAACAGCCAACAACGGCACAACAUAUAAGGAGCAAUUCUAAUGAGUCGAUCAAUUCUACGGGCACGGUACAAGGCGGCUCCGCAUCACCGGUGCUUGGCCGGCGUCGGAGCAACCGCAACUUGCACAACCCCUCCUCUCCCGGUCUCCAUUCUCCGACGACACAAGGAACCUACACGGGUCCUGCACCAGCAUACGCCAACAGCUACUACCGUCCUAGACAAGGCUCUGUGAACGGCGCACAAGCACCGUACGAGUCUACGUUAACCGCCAAUACAAGGAACAUGAGUCCCAUGAUGGCCGGUCCUCUCAUUUAA